GCCCUCACAGUGCUAGUUCAGCACUGACAUUGGCUACCUGCUCACAGCAAGCUGAUUCUCACAGGCCGUCUUGUCGGGAGGGCACUGGUGGGUACAGCUACACAGUCGCUGAUGUGAUGAGUUUGGCACUUGGGGACUCUGUGGACAUUUUGAGCAAAUAAGCUGAGGAGUGAACGGGUGAUGUUUAAUGUUGUAUUACUGAAAUGCCGAGCACAUCGAUUGGAAGUUUUGGGAAGAAGCUGAUCCGCAGGCGGGUGGUGGACUGCUCCUUGGAUGAGACACGCUUUGCCCGAUGCCUGACAACGCUGGACCUGGUGGCGUUGGGUGUGGGCAGCACACUGGGGGCGGGCGUGUACGUUCUCGCUGGAGAAGUAGCCAGGGACAAGGCUGGUCCCGCCAUCGUCCUGUGUUUCCUGAUUGCAGCGCUGGCCUCUGUGCUCGCUGGCCUGUGUUAUGCAGAGUUUGGGGCCAGGGUUCCCAAGACGGGCUCUGCUUACCUGUACAGCUACGUGACCGUGGGCGAGAUCUGGGCCUUCAUCACCGGCUGGAAUUUAAUCUUAUCGUACGUCCUGGGCACGGCCAGUGUGGCUCGGGCUUGGAGCUCUACAUUUGACAACCUGAUCGAGCAGCGGAUUUCUAGCUUCUUCGGGAAGUACCUGCACAUGAACCUCCCCGGGAUCCUGGCCAAGUAUCCUGACAUCUUUGCUGUGAUCCUCAUCCUACUCCUCACAGGUCUCCUGGCAUUUGGAGUGAGUGAGUCAGCGCUGGUCAAUAAAAUCUUCACAGCCAUUAACCUGGUGGUUCUCAGCUUUGUCAUCAUCUCCGGCUUCGUGAAGGGUGACGUGAAGAACUGGCAGCUGUCGGAGCUUGAUUACAACCAGUCCCGACUGCUCCAUGAUAACUGCAAUGACACCACAGAAACAGACGAGGGGUUUGGCUCGGGUGGGUUCCUGCCGUUCGGCUUUGUGGGGGUCCUGUCCGGAGCCGCCACGUGCUUCUAUGCUUUCGUGGGGUUCGACUGCAUCGCAACUACAGGUGAAGAAGCUAAAAACCCACAGAAAUCCAUUCCCAUCGGGAUCGUGGCUUCGCUACUCAUCUGCUUCGUGGCUUACUUUGGGGUAUCGGCUGCUCUCACCCUCAUGAUGCCUUACUACCUUCUGAACAAAGACAGUCCCAUCCCCACCGCCUUCCAACACGUGAGGUGGGAGCCAGCCCGAUACAUUGUGGCUGUGGGGUCUCUGUGUGCACUCUCCACCAGCCUCCUGGGCUCCAUGUUUCCAAUGCCGCGGGUGAUCUAUGCCAUGGCCGAGGAUGGGCUGCUGUUCCGCUUCCUCGGCAAAAUGAACAAUAAAACCAAGACCCCUGUCAACGCCACCAUCAUGUCCGGCCUCGUCUCCGCUGUCAUGGCCUUGCUGUUUGACCUGCGGGAUCUCGUUGACUUGAUGUCUAUUGGGACGCUGCUGGCCUACUCAUUGGUGGCUGUGUGUGUGCUCAUCCUCAGGUAUCAGCCCAAUCAGCUGGGUGAGGAGCAGCCCAGGCUGCAGCUCAGCGACCGAGGACAGAACACAGAGAAGAGCUCGCUGCUCAAACAGCUGUUUAACCCGGACAACACAACCCCCACCCAGCGCUCAGGACAACUCGUCUACAUCUGUGUGGGAAUUCUAUCGAUGGUGCUAACUGCAAUGUGUAUCAUCAUGGCCUCCUGUAUGCAGCAGCUGCUGGGAGGCCAUGAGCUCUGGCUCACCACCUUCCUGCUGCUUGCCCUGAUCGCGAUCGUCAUCACCGUCAUCAUCUGGAAACAGCCCGAGAGCAACGUCUCGCUCACCUUCAAGGUGCCGCUGCUCCCAAUCCUACCUCUGUGCAGUAUCUUCAUCAACAUCUACCUGAUGGUCAUGCUGGAUUUAGCCACCUGGGCUCGCUUUGGUGUCUGGAUGAUUUUAGGUUUCCUCAUUUACUUUGGUUAUGGAAUCUGGUACAGCUCGGAGGGGCAGAGCGGCCCCCACAGCCCCGGGGAGGCCGGCAGCACCGAGAAAACCCAGAAGCUGCUGGACACCACUCCCAGAAAGUCCCUCGAUGUCAAAACCAUGGAGUCCUCCACAGUUUAAAUACAGAGCAGGGAAUAGGGGCGGGAGAGUGGGGGAAUGCUGGGGAGGGUAGAGUGGGACAGGAGUGGGAGGGGAUAAAUCCCUGCUCUACAGGAGUCGGCGCAGAACUUUUGUCUGUCACUGGGGAUUUGACUGACGAGGGUCUGCGUUUCAUUGCACAGAGUCGGGAAUGGCUCUGCUGCUGGCAAUGUGGGUUCAGUGCCCGGCGGCCAUGCCACCGGCUACACAUUAACACACGGUAACCACAGAUGUUCGCCCGGAACAUUUAACUUAUUUUAUCACCACACCCACAACCACUGGACAGUGUUAGAGGCCUCAUCAACCCCCCCCUCCCCACCUCCCGCACACAGUUACCGCAGUCUGCACUGACCCGGUGCAACUUUCAUGCCAGAGCCUGGCACUGGCUGCCAUGGCAUGUGCCCGGUCCAGACUGCACAUUUUAUACAAGGUUCAAGGAGUGUGUGGGUGGGGGGUUAGUCAGCCCCCCACUUCCUUUUUAUACCUUCUCUACAGCAGUAGAGAUGUCCUGCCCUGCUCCCGGCUGCCGAUUACUACAACUAAAGCUGCUUUAGUGCCUGCUUCAGUGGGUGCCCCGUCUCACACGUCACCGAGGGUGGUUGGGCAGUGUUCCCCACCUGCCUGCCCUCCCCACGCCCACCUGCCCGGGACGGGAACAGCGACUGGUCCGAGUUGCCCAAUCUGAAACCUGCUCCGCAGUGACUGCCCCGAGUAUUGUACGCACAGUGGGUCCCUCACUGUUUAAUUGUCUGAACGGUGAUAUCAAUAUUAUAGAAGUGUAUAUAUACAUUUAUUGUGUAAAAUUCUAUCCGUGUUAUGUGGAUGUAUUUACCCCCAGGCCUUCCUGCCACAGCGCCGGCCUGGCAGUUUUACACUGUGAUGGGGGCUGAGGGGUGAAGGAAAUUAGUCGUAACGCACAUUGUAAAGCGAUAUUGUCCUCACAAGCCCUGGGUGGUGGGGGGGGGAUGUUUAACUGCUGACGCUCCCUGUAAAUCUCCUGUACUGUGUGGUGUGAAUGUCACACCUUGUUACAUUCAAAAGGACUGGUGAUGGUGACGGGGGAUGGAGGGGGGUGAGUGAGGGGCUAACAGGAAACCUAUCGGGCCAUUUAUCUCCAUUUAAUAAAGAGAAAGUUGGGAACGAAGCGCUGUGGGACGCUCGCUGUUUGGGAGGUUAAUCCAGACACGAGUGGCUGCAAGAAGCUGCCUGUAGAGGCCUCCCUCCCUGCUGUGUAAACUGCACCAUUACCCUCUCAGGUACAAUGGAGCCAUCGUUAGUCUGCUCAGAAGAACCUGCCCAUUCCCUGGGUUGUGUGAGUGGCCACAGCUGCUGAGGAGGUAAAUCAGCCAAAUCCCAUCCCAUUACCUUCUCCAGGUUCUGCUGGUAUGGAAGUUGGGGAUUGGUCUGGGAUGUGAUACCCCUCACUCUCCCCGCCCCAGUCCCAAUAUUUGCAAAGAAAUAUUUUGUGUAAAAAAAAACAAUUUGGGAAAACUGAUCUUGUAUUGUAAAUAUUUCUAAAGUGAUGACUAUUAUAUAUUCUAUAGAUUACAUUUAGCUCAGUAAUCACUCGAGUGCCUGUAUAGAAGAUGGCUUUACAGAGCCAGCCUGUUCAUGUCUGUAGCUGUAUAUACGUCAGAAUGUCUGUAUCAUAUGUAUAAAAUUGGCUGAUGUAA